GUUGGCUUUCUCUCUCACUCACUCACUCCAUCUGCAAAAUUCUGCCGCAGUCAGUUACAGCAACUGAGGAAAAACCCCUAAAAAUCAAGCAAUAAUGCAAAGCUUGUUCUCGCGUAAUCUAUGGCGUGAAAUCGGAGCCUCCAAAUACUCGUUUACCGGAGCUUCUUCUGUUCCCGGCGUCGGUUAUGGCCGAAGAUGGUACGGGCUGAUACCGAUGGUGAUUGAGCACUCGUCGCGAGGGGAGCGGGCCUACGACAUUUUCUCGCGCUUGUUGAAGGAGCGCAUCAUUUGCAUCAAUGGCCCAAUCUCCGACGAUACUUCCCACGUUGUUGUUGCGCAGCUCCUCUUUCUCGAGUCUGAGAAUCCCUCCAAACCUAUUCAUAUGUACCUCAAUUCGCCAGGCGGUGCCGUCACUGCAGGUCUUGCUAUCUACGACACAAUGCAGUACAUUCGAUCUCCAAUAAAUACGAUUUGUCUCGGUCAAGCUGCAUCAAUGGCUUCUCUCCUUCUAGCUGCUGGUGCUAAGGGCGAGAGGCGGGCCCUUCCGAAUGCUACUAUUAUGAUACAUCAGCCUUCUGGUGGGUACAGCGGGCAAGCUAAGGAUUUGAGCAUCCACACGAAGCAGAUUAUUCGUGUUUGGGAUGCAUUGAAUGAUCUUUACUGCAAGCACACUGGUCAGCCUCUUGAGAUUGUUCAGAAGAAUAUGGACCGUGAUUAUUUCAUGACUCCUCAAGAAGCGAAAGAAUUUGGGAUUAUAGACGAGGUCAUAGACGAGAGACCAUUAACCCUCGUGGCCGAUGCAGUAGCAGAGGAGAACAAAGAUAAAAGUUCGAGCUAGAUAUCCCAGCUGGCAUUAGUAAGAGUGGAUGGAUGUGUGGAGAGGGAUGAGCAACUUUUCACAGGGGAAGGGUUCAAUUUGGUCUGAUCUUUUCAUAUGGGAUACAAUUUGGUCGGUUNUUUUU